CCGCAACGGUGGGGCCCGUUAUCAAAGAUGGGUCGCGUUAUUAGGUCACAGCGUAAGGGUCGGGGUGGGAUUUUCAAGUCCCACAACACCCAUCGCAAGGGUGCCGCUAAGCACCGCGUCCUGGACGCGGCUGAGAGGAACCAUUACAUUAAGGGCGUGGUCUCUGAGGUCUUGCACGACCCUGGCCGUGGCGCUCCCCUGGCCCGGGUGACCUUCCGUGACCCGAUCCGCUACAAGCAUCAGAAGUCGCUCUUCGUCGCCGCUGAGGGCGUGUACACCGGCCAGUUCAUUUACUGCGGUCGUAAGGCUACCCUGUCCAUCGGCAACGUGAAGCCCCUGGGUGACAUGCCCGAGGGUACCAUCAUCUGCAACGUGGAGGAGAAAGCGGGCGACCGCGGCGCCCUGGCUCGCUGCUCGGGUGACUACGCCAUCGUUGUGGCGCACAACCCCGAUGCUGGCAUUACCCGCAUCAAGCUGCCCUCUGGUGCCAAGAAGGUGGUCUCAAGCGAGUGCCGCGCGACGGUUGGCCAGGUGGCGGGCGGUGGCCGCACGGAGAAGCCCAUGCUGAAGGCAGGCCGCAGCUACUUCAAGUACAAGGCCAAGCGCAACAGCUGGCCGAAGGUGCGUGGUGUGGCUAUGAACCCUGUGGAGCAUCCACAUGGUGGUGGUAACCACCAGCAUAUUGGCCACGCCUCGACCGUCCGCCGGUCGGCGCCUCCUGGCCAGAAGGUCGGUCUCAUUGCUGCCCGCCGCACCGGUCGUCUCCGCGGCACGAACGUCGUCAAGGCGGCUGCUCAGAACGAGUAGACGUGCUGCUUGUGGUGCCUGGGCUUCCCUCGGUUCCUGCUGGCUGGUCUAUGUGGUGGUCUAUGAACUUGCGGCUUGCGCUGCAUGUCGCUUCCGGGUAGCCUUCCCAGGCGGCCUCCUCGCUGGACUGUGGCUGGACCCUCACAGGGCGGGACGGGGCAAUGUAACAAAUCUUUCGCCAAAUGUUUC